ACGCGACGUACAGUGCGCGUGCGCCGGUACAGUAGAGAGUGGUAAACACGGAGACGGGCACGCGCGCUGGGAGACGCGGAGACUUGCAGCAUCAUGUCGGACACGUGGAGCAGCAUCCAGGCUCAUAAGAAGCAGCUGAGCAGCCUGCGGGAGAGACUCCAGAGGAGAUGGAAGGACCCAACUCAGCUUGGCCUUGACCCAGAGGUGACCGGCGGGGUGGUUGGGCCUGCGGCGCGCAGCGAGAGCCCCACAGGCCACUCGCCUUCGAGCUCCCUUCCCGAGCCCUCUCUCCGGCGGGGGGCAGUGGGGGUGGUCGAGGUGACAGCCCCGGUGCUGGAGGUGAGGGUGGACCCGCGGCUCGAGAGCCGGCUUCUCGCGUACCUCUCCGACCUCGCCCUGCCACUGCCCGUUGACUCGGCUGCCAUCCAGACUGCCAUCUCACAGUCCGAAUGCCUCGUAACGCGGGCGUCCGUCGAGAGCUUGCUGCACAAGUUUGCAGCGCAGGAGCUGAUCGCGGUGAGCGCCGGCUGCUUGCCGGACGGCGGGCCAUGCGUGCUCGUCACAGACGCCGAGCACUCCAAGCUGUCCGCCAUGCUGGGGGCAGCCACCACUUCUGGGUCAGUACCAGGUGUGACAGCGGACCCAGGUGGAUCUGGUGGGGUCGGCAAGGGCGACCUGGGGCAGGAUGGGGGCAGCUCGAUUCCACUGGUGCCCAGUUCCAGCGCCAACAAGCGGAAGGCUGAGGCCAGCGAGGGAGCACCUCCCGACAAGAUGAAUAAGAAAACGCAGCUCUCAUCCACCUCCACAUCAUCCACAAGCAAUGAGUUGGACCAGGAGAUCAUGAGCCUGCUGUCGCAGCAGUCGACGCGUGAGCAGGAGAGCAAGAAGGUGUCGGCCGAGAUACUGCAGCUGCUCACGGCAAGCACGGCCAAGGAACAGUCGAUUCUCGAGAAGUUCCGCUCACGAGGGGGAGCACAGGUUCGGGAAUUCUGUGAGCAUGGCACCAAGCAGGAGUGCAUGGGUGCGUGCGGCUCCUCACGCCCGUGCCCCAAGCUGCACUUCCGCCGCAUCAUCCACAAGCACACGGACGAGUCGCUGGGCGACUGCUCCUUCCUUAACACGUGCUUCCACAUGGACACCUGCAAGUACGUGCACUACGAGAUCGAUGGCGGUGGCUUGGCCGCCGGUGGUGGCAUGGGGGGGCCAGGCCGGAGGGGCCGCAUGGAGGAGGCGGCGGCGGCGGUGGCGGUGAACAGGCCGCGCGAUGACACCACCGCGGGGAAACUGUUUCCCUCGCAGUGGAUAAACUGCGACAUACGCUUCCUGGACAUGAGCAUUCUGGGUAAGUUCUCGGUAGUGAUGGCAGACCCCCCUUGGGACAUCCAUAUGGAGCUGCCGUACGGCACACUCACGGACGACGAGAUGCGCCGGCUCAACAUCCCCGUGCUGCAGGACGAUGGCUACAUCUUCCUGUGGGUGACGGGCAGAGCCAUGGAGUUGGGCAGGGAGUGCCUGAAGCUCUGGGGCUAUGAGCGAGUGGAUGAGCUCAUCUGGGUUAAGACAAAUCAACUGCAGCGGAUCAUCCGUACAGGGCGGACGGGCCACUGGCUCAACCACGGCAAGGAGCAUUGCCUGGUUGGUAUGAAGGGGAACACGGAGGGCUUUAACCGGGGGCUGGACUGUGAUGUUCUGGUCGCCGAGGUUCGCUCCACGAGUCAUAAGCCUGACGAGAUUUAUGGAAUCAUCGAACGCCUCUCCCCCGGAACUCGCAAGAUCGAGCUGUUCGGGAGACCUCACAACAUCCAGCCCAACUGGGUUACGCUGGGUAACCAGCUGGAUGGAAUCCACCUGCUGGACCCCGAGGUGGUGGCUCGCUUCAAGAAGCGCUACCCUGACGGCAUCAUCACCAAAGCCAAUUAACGCCAGCGAGAUGAGUUCUGGGAAACAAGCAUGGCGCGCGUGAGGACAGACGGCAUAGGGCGGAGGUUGGAAGUCAUGCCCAGGGCUUAAUUUUAGUCGGUUUUGUCUGAGUUGGCGACACAGAAAAUAUUAAAGCACCCAUCACACGACAUUCAGUGUAUCUCUGCUCAUUACGGCCUUAGUUGCUAGUCGUGUGUCGUCUCCAGUCAACCAGCGACCCAGAGAAUAUUCAGUGCGAAAUUAAGCCCUGUUUGUGACCCCUGACCUCACAAUGAAUCUCUUUACCCUGAAACAAUGUUUUUAUAUAAAGAAUAUGCUUAAAAAUGUGAAGAGGCUUCCUGUUGAGUUCUGGGAUUUGUUAGUGGUGUACCGUGGAUGGCUGUGGAAUGUGUGGGAGGCAUGCUAGUGCACACUUAUCCAUUGUGGUAAUGGGGUUGAGGGAUCACAGAGAUCAACAGGUGAAAAGCUCAUUGGGCUGCUAGCCAACAGUUUGCAGUACACAAAACAGGGUGUCAACCUGCAGAUUUUCGAGUGCUUUCACGUGUAGGCUUUCUCCAGACACUGAUUCCAUCCAUUGUGUAAGAGAAAAAACCAGUUAUGGAAUUGGACAAACAUUCCAAUCUUGGAUCCUUCUGAAAAAGUCUUGAGACUUUUCUAAAUACUAGAUUUAAUUACAAAACAUCCUUAAGUAAAAACUAUUACUUAGGUUUCCUUUUCAGAGGAGAUUAUCUUCGGUAGCGUUUUAACGUGAUUCAUGAAAUAACACGUUGACUAAACCAUAAUGUGUUGUAUGACCGACUGCUUUUCAUACAAAAAUCUGCCACUGGCAAGAAACGUCUGGACCAGAUACAGCUCGCGACUUAAUUUUGGACAACCCUGUGGCCACGCGAGUCCUAUCACUUCGGAAGACCUCACCGCAAGCAUCUUUAGCCGUUUUAAUCGGGUACUGGAUGGGAAUAUUUUCAACCUUGUGGGUGGUUUCUAAUUUUAGCAUGCAAGGUCACUUCUGUCACUGCAAGGACCUCGUGCAGUGACAUCAGUUAGCGUGUGAAUGUGUGAUUGCCCACCAAAGUGAUUUGAAAGUUCUCUGCCCCCCCCAGUAAGGAAAAGAGCUGUGAGUUCAAACACCUGUCAAAGGUCAGUUGCGACUCAUAAAACACUUUAGGCAUGCAGAGGCCGUUAUGAGGUGGGAAUUGUACGUGUUGUUUACGUUUAAAAAAAAUAAAGUUAUGUUUUUUUUAAACCCUUUGUCUCGUGAAAUGUAAACCCCACUUUGCAUUCCGUUGUGAAGUGUAAGGAAGGAGGCAUGAUACAGUGGUCUUAGUCAAAGCCUCAUGCCAGGGUUAUGUGAGGUUUCCUGCUAACAGGAACCACAGACCUGCCACCGUUGAUAAGGAGAUGUUAUAGAAAGACACCACUAA